CCGGACAAGGCGGGCCUUACGGACUUACUCCGAAUAUAGUUGGCAGUAGCGCCCGUUAUAUACCGUCCACGAGCUGGCCUUGGCUUCGUUCUGAGCUACCUUAGCGACCUUCUCAACUGCGCCAAUAUGCAGAGCUAUUCGUUUGCAACACCCGUUGGUGCCCCAAGAGAAGGGCAAAAAAAUUAUGUCUUUGUCGAUGAACAUAAUCGGCACAAAAGACUCAAAGUCAUGCGAGCCUGCAAUGGUUGUAGGAAGCGGAAAAUCAAGUGUGAUGCUGCCACGACCAAUACAUGGCCAUGCUCAGCAUGUACCCGCUUGAAACUUGUAUGCGUCCCACCCACGAUUGGGCAAGACAACGAAUAUUUUGCUGGGCACGGUAUCGAGCCAAACUCCGGAGGCUCUCUAGCAACGUCUAAUGCGCCAGAAUCUUCGGUUUCCUCGUUCGCAGUAUCGCCGGCCUUCAGAGAUAGCGGUCAACAUCCUGCGGGGCACAUAAAUUCUUAUCACGAUGAACUCGGUGUUUAUACACAAUUUGGACAGCCCACUCCUAGUCAGUCGGCCGCUUAUGACCUACGGCCGUCGCAUGUGCCUGUAUCAUCGCAUGACUCCUAUCAGCAACCACAAAGCUUCACAGGUGACCAUGCGCAGACGCUGGGCGCUACGGAAAGGGACGUUUUUAGCGAACAUGACCCGUCAACUGCGGAGAAUCUGAGUGAAGUUCUUGGCGAGCUUAGGAUAGACGAAACCGGCAUUGCGCCAUAUAUCAGGCAGCAAAGAAAGGAGAGAGCCGAGCCAGAAAUCCCAACUCAGGAUGAUGCGGACGAGAAGCUCCCUCCUCUCAGUACUGGUGCCGGUUCCACCAUACGUAUCCCACCUGAGCUUAUGCCGUCAGAUGAUGAGGUCAUGAAAUAUUUCAAGAUCUACUUCGAUGAUAUACACCCUUAUGUUCCGGUUGUUCAUAGGUCCCAUCUGUACUUCCAGUGGCAGCAUGAACGGAGCUCAAUCUCACCGUUAUUACUCGAGGCCAUGUUUGCAUGCGCUGGAAGAUUGUCGGAUGAUCCAGCUCAGGGAGCCCAAUGGCUAGCGUUAGCAAAUAGACACGAAUCCAGCUUCAUGGAUGAGCCACGCCUGAGCACAAUUCAGGCAUUACUCUUACUUCUCAAGGCUCGAGAAUCACGGCCCAAAAAAGGCUAUUACUACCGCUCAUGGCAAACAGUGAAGACUAUUGUCUCGAUGGCCAAAGAUUUGGAUAUACAUGAGCAUAAUAACAUUCAUGUGGAGGAACGAUGCUGUGAUUUGAAUCCUGUCGAGUGCUUGGUGCAAACAAGGGUGUGGCAAGCCCUCCUAGUCGUCGAGGUCAUGAUUGGUGCUCCUCAGGGUCGCUCGGAUUAUGGUGUCGACCCGAGCACUGUGAACAUGAGCCCGACAUUGGAAAUUAACGGCCUUGAUCAAUUUGAGGUUGAUAGAUCUAGGCAGUAUGCGUAUUUUGUUAAGAACGCAUCCCAUAUUCGCAUCAUUGCGGACAUAUACCACAAGAUCAAGAAGCAAAAAGACUGGGGAGCGAACCCUAAAUUUGUCGAGAAGAACCCUUUGUUCACUGACUGGCUUCAGAGUCUCCCCCCUGAUCUACAAGUGAACUAUCCGCCCGAUGGCUCACCUCCUUGGAUUCCCUCUCAUUUCGUUGGAAAUAUGCAUUCCCACUGUCAUCUUGGAAUUAUUCUGCUACAUCGACCCCAGUUACUCGCGUCAAAGUCCUUUACUGCCGGGGGAGGCUGGAAGAUGCACAUGGCAUUGUGUUAUUCUUCUGCCAAGUACUUAUGUAGACUACAGGAAGCCAUUCUGAAUCGCUUUGGCCUAUCUGGCCUUCUUUUCAUGCAACGAGGCAUAAAUUUCACAAUCUACACUGUCCUUACCUGCACAAUGCUACACCUCGUUGCUAUAACGUCACCAGAUCCCAAUUUCCAUACGGACGCCAGGGAGUAUUUCACUCGACACAUGAGGAUUCUUGAGCGAUGCUCGACUGCUUGGCCCAUGCCAGAAUUACAAGCACAAAUAGAUUCCUUGCGUUUCGCAUUUUCUGCUGAUGUCCAUCGACCAUUUGAACUGAAGGCAACCUUCCCGUAUGGCAGCCCAUCUGAGCCAUAUCACCCAAGCCCACCGCUCGAUUCGAGCUACGGUGCUCAACUAAAUCAAGCCUCCAAUUUUCCGAAUAGAGUGGGUCAUACAGCAUAUCAAAUUACCCCUCCAGUGUCUACUGUUACUGAGGAAUCAAAGUCGGAUUCAUCUCAGCUUCAGCCGUUGGGAUUAAUCUCGUCCCAGUCGAUUUCGAGCCACAGUAUAGAUGCGCCUUUGGUCGAUGAGAGUAGUUGGGAUCCCACUCGUAUCAUCAACCAAUGGGACAUGGCAUUUUCUAUUGGGCCACCCACUGUCAAUACCAAUUCCCCGCCUAUGGCUAUAAGUAAUCCUCCACAGAUACAGUCAUCUAUUGCCGGUCAAUUUCCGGUCCAAUAUGGCACACCGACUACGAAGCUUGCCACAAUCGCCCCAUCGCACCCAUUACCACAAGCCCAAUUUACGGGGCAACAAGUACUUUUUACUGCACGUGACUGGCAACAAAGCGUUGCCAGUGUGUAUGACCCUAACGGGUUAAAAAGACGCUGGAACUAUUCUCUCGACUUGGGCACCGAGGAAGUUUCCAAACGACAACAUUCAUGAGCUUUAUGAGAUUCUUCUCACCUAGAACAGCACCAGGUAUUUUCGUGUUCAGCUGCUUCUGCAUGCGAUUGGUGCCUACUGGUUGAUUCUCUUGGUUCGGCAGAUUACUUAUCUCUUCCGUGCGCGUCCUCUUACUUGUCAUAAAUACUGUCGAGAGUGCUUAUUUCAUGGCUCUGAUUUCUAUACCCUCUAUACGUACAUUUGCACAGUAUCAUACACAAUCAUUGACGACGGAGACAAAGCAUAUCAUUCACACCUUUGGUGAUCUGAAACGACAUUUUUCAUGGGUGUAGAGGCUCUCGUAGCCUGUCCAUCUGCAACAAUAGCACAACCGGGUUGUUCGGGGCGUGCAAUGGCUACUUUUCU